GUCCAGCGACUAACCGCAUCUAUUGAAGCUUCAUAAGUGCAUACGCUGAGAUACACCUACCAAUAGAGCUAGCUGAAGUACAAAUGCAGGUCACGAUGAAUCUUCAGCGCCCGAUGCCUUCCCAACAAGGGAGGGCACGGUUACCUGGCUCACAAGUAGUAAGGACUGUAACUUGCUCGCGUCUGGGUGGGAGCCGGCGGCACACGGGUGUUGUGGAUGCGAGCGCAACGGCUGGCGCCCCUUCGCCGACGGCUGCGGAUGUCGCAAGUGGACUUCACGCUGCUGCAAACAUCAUUGGAAGCAGCUCGGGGCCGAGUACUGAACCCUGGCCGGUGCUUCCAUCGGGUGUCUCGAUUAUAGGCCUCUCCGACGCCGGCCACAAGGAGACACAGCGGCUGCCUUUUCUACUGUACUGUCCCGAUAUUGACGGGGCUGGCCUGACGAGCUCUGACCAGCACCCGGCCUGGGCCAAGGCGUUCGACAUGCACGCGCUGACGCUGGAGCCCGACUGCCGCGCCAGCUUCCACGAACUGGCGGAAGCUGCCGGCAGCUGGCUGCGGCGCCAGCUGGCAGACGUUCCCCCCGAGCGGCCCGUCUACCUGCUGGGCGAGGGCUGGGGCGGCGUGCUGGCGCUGCAGCUGGCGUGGGACUGCAGGAAGCUGGUCAACCGUCUCAUCCUGGUCAACCCCGCCACCUCCUUCGCGCCCGACACGCCGCUGGGCCGCCUGGCGGAGCUGCUGGAGCGACUGCCGCCGGGGCUGCUGGCGCUGAGGCCGCCGCAGCUGCCGCAGCAGCUGCUGCAGGGCCUGUCGCUGCCAACCCUGCCCGGGCUGCCUGGGCUGCAGCUCCCGGCGGUGCCGCCGCCCUCGCUGUCACUGGCUCUGGCGCCCCUGCUGGGGACCAGCCCACAGGCCCUGGCGCGCCAGGUGUUGGGCGGCCUCAGCAGCCAGCAGCCCGAGGAGGCGGCACAGGCUGUGGGCCGCGCUCUGGCCCAGGUGGAGGCGCUCACCAGCUCCCUGCCGCCCGCCGCCUUCCAGCACAGGCUCAGAAUGCUGGACCAGGGAGUCAAGCAGGUGGUUCCGCGCCUGGGCCGCAUCCCGCAGCGCUGCCUGGUGCUGGCGGGCGGCGGCGACGUGCUGCUGCGGAGCGCGGAGGAGGCGGAGCGGCUGGAGGAGAGGCUGCAGCGGGGCUUCAAAAAGGUGCUUCCGGACGCCGGCCACGCGCUGCUGAACGAGCCGGGUGGCGCGCUGCUGCCGCUGCUGGCCGACCUGGGCUUCUACACCACCACCCGCGUGUUCAGCUCGCGCGUCAAGCCGGGGGCGGACGUGAACGCGUUCGGCGGCGCGGGGCCGGUGGAGAUCCCCAGCCCGCAGGAGGUGUCCCGCUACGCCUCCACCUGGACCUCCCGCAUCCGGCAGCUGGACUCGCCCGUGUUCCUGUCCACGCUGCCCGACGGCACCCGCGUGCUGGGGCUGCAGGGCCUGCCGCUGCGAAUCCGGCCCGGACAGGUGGUGGAGGACGCCCCGCCGCCGCCCCCGGCUGCGGAGGAGGAGGACCAGCGGAAGCAAGAGCAGGAGCAGCAGCAGGAGCAGCAGCAUGGUGGGGGUGAGACGCAGCAUGCCGCCGCCAGCAGCCACAACGGCAGCGGGCACAGCAGCCGGGGGCACGAGGCGGGCGGCGGCGGCGGUGCCGCGUCCGGUGCGGAUGUUCAGGAGGCAGACGUGGAGGCGGCGGCGGCGCGGCGGCUGGAGUCUCUGGCUGCGGCGGCGGCGGCGGCGGGCCACGAAGGGCCGCUGCUGUUUGUGGGCAACCACCAACUGUACGCAUUUGACAUGUCGGUGAUGGUAGAGGAGGUGCUGCUGAAGCGCGGCAUCCUCAUGCGCGGCCUGGCGCACCCCGGCCUCUUCGCCUCCAGCCGCGGAGACGACGGCGACAAGGACGGUGAUAAGGACGGUGAUAAGGACGGCAACGGCGGCGGCAGCAGCAGCGGCGGCAGGGAGCAGCAGCACAGCGCGAGCGCGAGCGGGCGGAAGAGCGGCGAGGAGGGGAAGGGAGGGAAGGAGGGGGAGAAGAAGAAGAACGACGAGGCGUUGCCUCCGGCCUUCAUGGGCAACAUGUUCCAGACGUUUGGGGCGGUGCGCGUCACGCCCACCGCUAUGUUCAAGCUACUGGCGGCAGGCGAGGCUGUGCUGCUGUACCCGGGCGGUGUGCGGGAGGGCUUCAAGCGCCGCAACGAGAAGUACGAGCUGUUCUGGCCGCAGAGGUCGGAGUUUGUGCGCAUGGCCGCCCGCCACGGCGCCACCAUCAUUCCGGUGUCGGCGGUGGGUCUGGAGGACAGCCUGGCGCUGCUGCUGGACAGCGACGACAUACGCAACAGCCUGCUGUGGAGCGAGCGCGCGCGCGAGCAGGCUGCCGCGGCGCCCCGUGCGCGAGUGGGCGUGGCUGCCGAGGCGGGCCUGGACGAGAGCUUCAUCCCGCCGCUCAUCGCGCCCGCCGUGCCCAGCCGCUGGUACUUCCUGUUCGGGCGGCCCGUGGCCACCACCCCCGACAUGUACCGCGACAGGGCGGCCUGCGACAAGGUGUACGCGGACGUGAAGCGGCAGGUGGAGGAGGGCAUCGACUACCUGCUGCGCAAGCGCGAGCAGGACCCCUACCGCGACUUCCUCACGCGCAUGGUGUACGAGCAGAACCCGCCCUUCGGGCCGCGCCGCAUCGCGCCCACCUUCACGCCCUAGGCCGCUAGGGCGGUGGCCACCGGAGCACAGCGCGGGAGCGGGCCGCGGGAACACAGCGCGGGAGCAGAGCGCGGGAGCUGAGCGCGGGAGCACAGCGCGGGAGCACAGCAUGGGAGCACAGCGUGGGAGUGGGCCGCGAGAGCAGCGUGCAGAAGCAGAGCGCGGGAGCAGGGCGUGGGGCGGCUUUGGAGAGCUUGGGAGAGCUAUGUAAGGGAUUAAGAGCGGGAUUAAGAGCGACGUGUGUGGCUGUGUGCUGUGUGAGAAUCUGAGGGAGAGCGUGUAGGUGUGCUGGCAGCCCGUGGUGGGUUUGUUUGAAGAUCACCGGGCACGUGUGUGUGGAUGUGUGUGCGUGUAUCGAAACAGUGAGAUCGAGGAUUGUCCCGGACCUUCAUCAUGCGCGAGCGGUUUGAUGGAUGGCAGCUGGUCAUGUGCAGGGGAAGGAAGGGCAGCGGUAGGGGUUUGAAUCUGCGGCACGCACUGGCGUCCUGCGGCGGUUGACUGUGUCACACGUGCCGCCUUGCCGGCCCUUAGCCUUCCAUGCGCAGGGUUGCGAAGGCCAUUGGAUAACGAGCGCAGCACGGCAGCCCGUCAUAUUCAUGGCCAUGAACUGUCGAGUCUGCUCAUUCGUUCUUUUUUUACAUUAAGCGAGAGAGCUGAGCGAGCGAUUAAUCGAGCGCGAUUUGAGGAAAGGCGAAGUGUAUAUUGUUCGGUGGACUGAACCCUGGCGAGUUCCGGAGGGGGCCCUGGUCGAUGCCAGGUGCACGGCGCCGGUGCUGUGUAGUGCUUGUAGGUGCAGGACAGCCCAGCCCGCCAGAACAAUCGCUACGGCUGAUGGGCCGUGUGUGUAACAUUGGCUCGAC